UCAAGUGACCAUUUGAUACUAUUUUUAUCAACUCGAUUGAGGUCAGAAUCUAUUUUUUAAUUCUCAUUCUCAUCGAGAAGCUGAAAAGGUCAACGUUGAUCGUUUUAAUUUACAAUUUGUGUCAACAAUUAAAUCAACCAUGGAUUCUAAGACAAUCAGUGAAACAAUUAACUCCCUUAGGAAAGUGUUUAAUUCUGGUAAAACGUUGGACAUUAACUUCCGACGGAAACAAUUACAAGGAAUCAAAUUAAUGAUGGAGGAAAAUGAAUCUUUAUUUGUACAAUCGCUUAAUUGUGAUUUAAGGAAACCCAAAUUUGAAGCAAUUAUGAUUGAAACUGAUUACAUACUUAAUGAUGUUCGAGGUAUGUUAUUUAAUUUAGAUUCUUAUGUUAAACCAACUCCAGUGUCUAAAAAUUUGGCCUUAACCUUUGACGACGCUUUCACGACCCCUGAACCUUAUGGGUUGGUUUUAAUCAUUGGAACCUGGAACUAUCCUUUAAUUGUUUGUCUGAGUCCGUUAAUCGGUGCAAUUGCUGCGGGUAAUGUUGCCAUAAUUAAACCUUCCGAAAUCGCCCCGGCCACAGCUGAUCUGUUUGCUAAAUUGUUGCCACAAUAUAUUGACAGGGAUUGUUACCGAGUAAUUAACGGAGAUGCUGUUGUUAAUCAGUCUCUUUUGAGGGAAAAAUUUGAUUACAUUUUUUUCACUGGAAGUCAACCGGUUGGUCGCAAAGUUUACGCAUCGGCGGUUGAUCAUUUUACUCCGGUCACUUUGGAAUUGGGUGGAAAAAGUCCAGUUUAUAUCGACGAUUCGGUAAUCGAUGAAGAUUAUUGUUUCCGUCGUUUGUUAUGGGCUAAAUUGAUUAACGCAGGUCAAACCUGUGUAGCUCCUGAUUACGUUAUGUGCUCUUCUCAGGUCGCUGAGCGAUUCAUUGAGUCGGCAAAGAAAAUUUUGCGAAAAUUUUACGGCCCUAACGGUAAAGAAUCACCUGAUUUAACUCGAAUCAUUAAUGAAAAUCAUUUUCGUCGAUUGAUUAACUUACUCCAAUCGUCUAAAGGGACAAUUGCUCUUGGUGGUUCCUAUGAUCAAGCUGAGCGUUACAUUGAACCAACAAUUGUCGUUAAUUGUUCACUUGAUGAUCCUUUGAUGAAGGAAGAAAUUUUCGGCCCCAUUUUACCGAUAGUCAUUGUGUCCAAUGUCGAAGAGGCAAUUAAGAUAAUCAAUUCUCGAUCCAAACCAUUAACACUUUACGUUUUCUCAAAGAAUCGAAAGUUAAUCAAUAAAGUUUCACGGGAAACUUCCAGUGGAUCAGUUUGUGCCAACGAUGCACUCGUACAUCUAAGUAUCGAUUCGUUACCUUUCGGUGGUGUCGGUGAAAGUGGCCUGGGUGUUUACCAUGGAAAAUCAACUUUCGACACUUUUUCUCAUCAUAAAUCGGUUCUAAUCCGAGGUUACAAUCCGAUACUCGAAUGGGUCGCAAGUAAACGUUAUCCACCUUAUUCAGAAUCUAAUUUACGACGAUUACUAAGAGUAAUUAAGAAGAGACAAUUUAUUCCAAUUGAUUCUGAUUGGAUAAUUUUCUUUGUUUUCUUUCUCGGUGCUUGGUCAUUUUAUGUUCUGAAUGGACUAAUCAAAUACUUCUCUUCGUAAUCAAUUUAAUUGUAAUCAAAUAAAGUGACAUUGUGCUUGUUUACCUUGAUUGUAGUGAGAAAUAAUUAAUAAUCGUUGCCAAUGAUAAUUGAUUGUUCAAAUGAUUAUUAACCAUGGCCGAGCUUCAGAGACCAUGUAACUGUUUUUUCAAUGAUCUAAUUGAUUAAAGAAAAUGUUGAAUAAAGUGAAACAAUUAAGAAUGAGUGUCAGUGAUAACAAUUAACUUUGUUGAUUAAAGUUUUAUUAAUAACUUUCUAAGAUUGAUACUAAUGUUUACAAUGGAAAUGAAAGUUAAUUCAUCUGACUCAUGAUCAUAAAACUAAAUUAGUUGACGUCAAUAACUGUAAUCACUUAAAUUGUGAUCAAGUUCAUCAGUGAUUAAGUUUAUUUUUCUAAAUUGUCCAAAAAUCAACAAUAAACCAAGGUUAUCAAUGUUGAACAAUUAACAAUUGUCGAGCUGAACUUUUGGAUUGUGAACAAAAUUAAGGAAAAAAUCAACAAUUUACUCUUACAAUUAAAGAUUAACAUUUACCAAUGUAAUUAAUUAAGCUAAUAAAUGUUAAUUGUUAUUAA